AUGGCAGUGGUGAAGUGUGCCAUUGAGCUUGGAAUAGCCGAUGUCCUGGAAAGCCACGGUGGCCGCCCCAUGACACUCACGGAGAUGUCUUGCGCCCUCAGUUGCUCGCCAUCGAUUCUAUAUCGCAUUAUGAGGUUCUUGAUCCACCGCAAAAUCUUUAAGGAAGUUAGCGUUGGUCAAGAAUCAAGCGGUUAUGUUCAAUCAACCCUUUCGCGUCUUCUUAUGAAAUAUGGAGAUAGCAGCAUGGCUGCCUUUGUGCUGCUAGAAAGCAGCCCGGUAAUGCUUGCGCCCUGGCACAACCUAGGUGAACGUGCAUUAGUGACUGGCACUUCAGCAUUUAUGGUUUCUCACGGUGAAGAUGUAUGGCGCUAUGCAGCAGCGAAUCCUGCGCAUAGCAAGCUGAUCGAUGAUGCAAUGGCUUGCCAUGCAAGGGUGGCAAUGUCAGCAAUUAUUGAUAAUUAUGCAGAGGUGUUUAAGGGAAUUGGCUCUUUGGUGGAUGUUGGAGGUGGUAAUGGGACAACUCUAGGGAUUUUGGUUAAAAAGUGUCCUUGGAUUCGUGGGAUUAGUUUUGAUCUCCCUCACGUGGUAUCUAGUGCUCAAAAUUGGGAUGGUGUUGAGCACGUUGGUGGCAACAUGUUUGAGAAAAUUCCAAAGGCUGAUGCUGCUUUCCUCAUGUGGGUAUUGCACGACUGGGGGGACGACGAGUGCAUCAACAUUCUUAUCAAGUGCAGAGAGGCAAUUCCACAGGACACAGGGAAAGUAAUCAUUGCAGAGGCUGUGAUUGAUGAAAAAGAAGAUGAUAAGUUUAAAGAUGUCGGUUUGGCACUCGAUAUGGUGAUGAUGGCUCAUACGGACAAAGGAAAAGAGAGGACUUCUAAAGAGUGGGCAAAUGUUCUAACUGCUGCUGGCUUCACUAGAUACACUAUCAAACAUAUUCAAGCCGUUCAAUCUGUAAUUGAAGCUUAUCCUUGA